GUCAUGCGAGAAAUAAUUCAUAUCCAAGCCGGACAAUGUGGAAAUCAAAUUGGCUCAAAAUUCUGGGAGGUGAUUGCAGACGAACAUGGUAUAGAUCCCAAUGGUUUAUAUAAGGGGGAUCUGGACCUUCAGCUCGAGCGUAUAGAUGUUUAUUUUAAUGAGGCCCAGGGGGCUCAUUACGUGCCCCGAGCAGUUUUGGUGGAUUUGGAGCCGGGUACAAUGGAUUCUAUACGAUCGGGACCUUAUGGAAAAGUAUUCCGGCCGGACAACUUUGUGUUCGGACAGAGUGGAGCUGGGAACAUCUGGGCUAAAGGACAUUACACAGAAGGUGCUGAGCUCGUGGAGGAGGUGGUGGACGUCAUCAGAAAGGAGGCCGAGAACUGCGACUGUCUCCAAGGCUUCCAGCUGACCCAUUCCCUUGGAGGUGGUACCGGAUCCGGAAUGGGCACUCUGAUCAUUUCCAAAGUCAGAGAAGAAUUUCCUGACCGGAUAAUGAGUACCUACUCCGUUAUGCCGUCGCCUAAGGUGUCAGAGGUAAUUGUAGAACCUUACAAUGCCGUCCUGUCUACGCACCAGCUGGUUGAGAACACCGACGAAACCUUCUGCAUCGACAACGAGGCUCUUUACGACAUCUGCUUUCGUACGCUCAAAUUAGCUACUCCUACAUACAGCGACUUGAACCAUCUCGUCUCAACUACGAUGUCCGGAGUCACCACCUGUCUCCGAUUCCCUGGUCAACUGAACGCUGAUCUCCGUAAAUUGGCUGUCAACAUGGUUCCGUUCCCCCGUCUCCAUUUCUUCGUGCCUGGAUUCGCACCUCUGACAUCAAUAAGGAGUAUGCAAUAUCGUAAUUUAUCUGUAGCAGAGCUGACCAAUCAAAUCUUCGAUCCUCGCAACAUGAUGGCAGCAUGCGACCCGCGUAACGGACGGUACCUAACCGUUGCGGCCUUCUUCCGAGGCCGUAUGUCUAUGAAAGAAGUUGAAGAACAAAUGCUCAACAUUCAAAACAAAAAUUCUGGUCACUUCGUAGAAUGGAUUCCUUGUAAUGUGAAGACAGCUGUUUGUGACGUUCCUCCAAGAGAACUCAAAAUGUCCGCCACUUUUGUUGGCAACACCACCGCAAUCCAGGAGAGCUUCAAGCGUGUGUCUGAACAGUUCACAACAAUGUUUCGACGUAAGGCGUUUUUGCACUGGUUCACAGGUGAAGGAAUGGACGAACUGGAGUUCACGGAAGCUGAGUCCAACAUGAACGACUUGGUAUCCGAGUACCAACAGUACCAGGAUGCCACAAUAGACGAAGAGAACGAAGCCCAGUUCGAAGAGGAAGAGGAAGGUGAACCCGACGAAUAG